GGAUAAAGAUCGACCUUCUUCCUCUUCCCCCCCGAUCAAGAUACGCACUCGAUACUUAUCUGUCACAGCGAAUCCCUGGAAACCUGAUCAAAUCCCGCCCUUGCAGACUUACUUCCCAAUACCGGAUACUAGUCCUAUUCGGCACCUAGUCUCCACUCGAGCCACUCCACUUUCCCAUUGCCAUCCGACUUCUUCGAGCCUUUUCAAUCUCUUAAUUCUCUCAAUUCAAGUCUUCAUUGAUUCCCACCACCCGCAAACUCCCCAGCGAUCAACCACAAUUGCAGAAUGGCUACCGAACUUCCCAUCAACGGCGGCUCAGGCAUCGCCCAGAAUGGCAGCCCCGAGUCCAGCUUUACCGUCAAGACUGGUCUUGCACGCAUGUUGAAAGGAGGAGUCAUUAUGGAUGUUGUCAAUGCCGAGCAAGCUAAAAUCGCAGAAGAGGCAGGAGCCUGUGCAGUUAUGGCUUUAGAGCGCGUACCAGCAGACAUCCGGGCCCAGGGAGGUGUAGCACGCAUGUCCGACCCGAAGAUGAUCAAGGAGAUCAUGGCUGCUGUCACGAUUCCCGUCAUGGCAAAGGCACGAAUUGGUCACUUCGUUGAGUGCCAGAUCCUCGAGGCCAUUGGCGUAGACUACAUUGACGAAUCCGAAGUCCUGACUCCCGCCGACCACGCACACCACGUCGAGAAGCACAACUUCGGCGUCCCCUUCGUCUGCGGCUGCCGAAACCUGGGUGAAGCCCUCCGCCGUAUCAGCGAAGGUGCUGCUAUGAUCCGCACAAAGGGUGAGGCCGGUACCGGAGACGUCAUCGAAGCGGUUAGACACAUGCGGACUGUCAAUGCUGAGAUUGCAAAGGCAUCUGCUAUGUCUGACGCAGAGUUGCGGAUCUUCGCUAAGGAGAUCGGUGCUCCUUUCGAGCUCCUGAAGGAGACUGCGAAGUUGGGAAGACUGCCGGUCGUCAACUUUGCUGCAGGAGGAGUUGCCACCCCUGCUGAUGCGGCGCUGAUGAUGCAACUGGGAUGUGAUGGUGUGUUCGUUGGAAGUGGUAUCUUCAAGAGCGGUGACGCCGCGAAGAGAGCCAAGGCUAUCGUGCAGGCUGUUACCCACUACAAGGACCCCAAGGUGCUGGCUGCUGUGAGCGAGGAUCUGGGUGAGGCGAUGGUGGGACUUAAUGUCGGUUUGAUGGACGCAAAGGACAAGAUGCAAGGGCGCGGGUGGUAG